AUGUUAAGAACUUCUUUAUUAAGAACUAGUAUUAGAACAUCACAUAUUCCUAAUUAUAGAUUAUUUUCAUAUACAACAAUGGUAUCACAACAAACUAAACAAAAAGUUGAAUCAUUAAUAAAAGAUCAUCCAAUUUUUAUUGCUUCAAAAUCUUAUUGUCCAUAUUGUGCUCAAACUAAAAAAACAAUUGAAGGUUUAACUAAAGAUGCUUAUAUUGUUGAAUUAGAUGAAACAUCAGAUGGUAAAGAAAUUCAAGAUGCUUUAGCUGAAAUAACUGGUCAAACUACUGUACCAAAUAUUUUUAUUGGUGGUAAUCAUAUUCCAAAUGGUAAUUCUGGUGUACAACAAUUAAAUCAAAGUGGUGAAUUAGAGAAAAAAAUUAAAGCUGCUUUAUAA